CUCCUGUACUUUGUGUGCCAACAAUUUUAGACUCUUUUUUAUGAAACCUACUAUACUGCAUGGUCAGUUAUAUUGUGAAGCCUAUGUGGUCAGCAUGAAAGAUGAAAUAAAGAAAGAGAUAACAGAAAAGCUGCUGCAAUACUAUAAACAUGGAAAAUGGAAGAGUAUUAUCAAUUUAUUUCAUGAGGAAGUCAGAGAAGGGAAUGAGAAUUUCUACGAUGAGCGUUACCUCUGGGUACGACCUUCUGAGAAUAAUCUGCAGUUCAUCAAACAGCAAACUGUGAAAGCUGGAUGCUAUCAGCUGGUUAGCAUUGGAUGUGGAACUGGACUACUGGAAUGGCUUAUACAUAAAGCUACUGGUUUGGAGGUUACUGGCAUAGAAGUGGACCGAGGUUGGUGGGAAUCCUCACAUGCUCCACCAAUUUUCUUGCCAUUAAUCUAUGCAGAUGAAACACAUGGAAGUGACAUCACUACAAACAAGAAUGCAGCUCUCCUGUUUUGUUAUUUCAAUAAUGGAUCAGCAUUUUCUGAAUAUAUGAGACAGUAUGAGGGUAACUGCUUCAUUGUGAUUGGUCCAGGAGAAGGGAGAGGUACACACACACAACCAGCACCUUUCAAUAUUCAACUUGAAAGUGAAUUUACUUGGAAACUGGAAGCUUUUCAAGAAGUUCAAUGCACAAAGGACUUCAUUGCUGUAUAUGUAAAAUCACAGUCAGAGCUUGAAGUAUCUCCUAGUAAGAUUGUAAGGCUAACACAGCAAGAUCAUUGUCCUUUCAAGGAGGUCCCCUGAUAGACUGAGACUUUUGUCUUAGUCCAAUGUUCACUCAGUCUACAAUUAAAAUUGAAUCUUGUAGUGCACAUAUUAAAAUAAUAAAAUAAAUGUAAGAGUAUUAACUAACA